GGGGGAGGGGGAAGCGGAGGAAAAGCAGCAGCCCCAGCGUGGCUGACAAAAACACAUCUAACCCAGGCAAGACUAGCCUGGUGGGCAUUGCUUUUUGCAAAGAGUUUGGCGUCGACUGGGCAAAUGAGUCGCAGCAAGCGCGCCCGAGGCAUAUCUUGCGCAGCCUCCGCAAUAUGAACCGCCCUCGUUCCUCCAGAAUACGAACGCACCACGUUGGGAUGCCCAACCGUGGGACUCAACAUGGCUUCGCGCAACAGCAUCGACGACGAUGGGAUUGACCUUCAAGAUCUCGAUUGGUUCCCGCAGGCUCGCGAUCGACAGCUGUCGACUACUUUGGGCGAGACCCUGCGCGUGCCCACUGCAACCUCCGCCAGUCCCCAGCCAAGGUCAAUGCGAUCGAGCUCGCCCGGGUUUCCAGAUAGUCUUUCGGCCGUGCAGGAUGAGAUGGAUGGGGAGGCUAUGGGGAACACGACGAUCGUGAUCCCCAACCAUGAAAAGGACCGCACCGUGAAUCGACGGCUCCGCGGAAUCCACGUUUUUAUGAUCACGAUCAGUGGGGUCCUUGGGGCCGGGUUAUACAUUCGAAGUGGGACAGUUUUGCGUGUCGGAGGCCCUGGGGCAGUUUUGAUCGCCUUUACGGUGAUGGGUUUGCUGGCGUGGAUGGUGAUGCAGUGCAUUGGCGAGCUGCUUGCGCUAUGGCCAAUAUCGGGCGCACUGGUCGAAUUUGUCGCCAAAUUCGUUGAUGAGGAUUUGGGGACAGCCGUGGGAAUCGCAUACUGGUUCACUUACUCGAUAAACUUCGCGGCGCUGAUUGUGGCGGCGGCGGGAGUGCUGGAAUACUGGGGGCCCGGCAAGGCGAUCCAGGGAACCAUCAUGUUCUUCGUGGUCCCACUGUUCCUGGUCCUUUUCAAUAGCUUCGGAGUUCAUAUUUAUGGCUUGACCGAGGUGAUCGGUGGAUCGAUUAAGAUCCUGGGCGUGUUUAUUGUGAUUGUGUGUAUGAUCGCGAUCAACCUUGGAGCCGGGGCGGGCCCUCAUAUCGGAACGACAUAUUACAAGCACGAUCCCAUGUUCCCCUUCCACGAAGAUGCGGUCGACAACUGGGCUUCGGCUUUAUUUUACGCAUUCUCUAUCGCCGCAUUCGCAUACGUCGGUGUCGAUAUUACCGCCGCUACUGCGCUCGAGGCACGACCUGACCGCAGGCGGCCGUCGUCACGAGAUACUGAGCCUCAGAUCAAAGGCCCGUGGCCGUACAUAUCCGUACGCUUCGUCGCAACCUGGACGAGCUUCUUGGUCUGGAUCAUCUACUUCAUCGCCGGCUUCCUAAUGAGCCUGAACGUCAGAUGGGACGAUCCAAAUCUCCCGGUACUGUCCUGGCUCGGCUCGCCAAGAGCGCCAGAGAAUGACGACGACGCAAAGAAGUAUAGCACAGACUCUGGCUUUGUGAUCAGUGCGGCAAUGUCGGAAAUUCCAGGACUCGCCGGAAUGUUCACCGCGGUCAUCUUUGUCACCGCCGUGUUUUCUGCGAACACAAACCUCUAUGUCGCCUCGCGAACACUCUUCGGUUUGACCCGCCGGCUGCAGGAUUCAGAAUGGCGCCUUUUUGCGUUCUUCGGCAAAACGAAUAACUAUCAAGUGCCAGUCCGCGCAAUGUUGCUAUCGUGCUUCUUCAUGUGGGUUCCGUUUUUGUAUCUUUCUCGCGACAAUUCGCCGGACACCACAAUUUCGAGUCUCCUUGAAGUUCUCUCCCAAAUGGGCUCCGUUAGCUGCAUCAUCGUAUGGGCCUGCGAAUGCUGGGCAUUUAUUCGCUUCUAUAAAUGCAUGUACCUCCACCGCAACGACCUCAACGCGUCCCCGCAAUUUGUCCGUCUCCGCCGCUUUUCGAACCCCGGCGCGGAAGACCACUAUCCGUGGCGCUCUCACGGGCAGCCCGUAACUAUGUACCUGGCGCUAUUCGGAUGUCUGUUCGUGCUAGCAGUCGCGGACGGAGCAUCGCUGUGGCAUAACUGGGCGGCGCCAAGGUUCCUCUCUGCCUAUUUAUCUAUAUUAUGCUUCAUCCCCCUGUGGCUCGGCCUGAAAUACUACAACAACUGGGGCAAUGUCGAGUGGAAGCUCGAGGACCUGUCUAACUUCAACAUCGUCGAGCAGAAACUCCGCGAGCUCGAUGAGAUCCAUGAUCUUGCUACGGCGCGGGACACGGAUGUUCGGGAGCGUGGGUGGGGGAAUUUGUGGGGCGUUAUGUGACCUCUCUCCGCUUAUCUUUUCUCAGCCUCCGUCCAGUGUGAUUUAAGUUCUUUACGAAGUUCACGAUAUGAGCUCCUGGGUUAGAGCAUGGAGAUAGACACCUCGUACAUAAUGUAUUAUAUAUGGUAUAUAAUCCAGACAUGCCUCUCCUGA